GUAGUCGUCGUAGUCGUCAGCUUGUCAUUGAUGCAUUUGGGUGCUGCACUUCCAAUCCAAUUGUAUCACAAUCUGCCAGUUAGUUUAAUCGCGACGGCAUCCGAGUUUGGACUGUGAGGAAACAUCGCUCCGCAAUCUUCGUUCGAACCAUUGAGUGCCAACACACUGAGCUAGAUUUUUGUCUUGAUCGCUUCAAUCACCGUACCACUACUUAUCCGCGAGGAUCGCGUAUCGGCGUUUAGCAACUGGGACAUUUCCUAGUUACUUUAUUUUUUUUUUGCGAAACAAGGUGACGCAGAUCGACGGUACAUUAGGCGAGAAAAAAAAUAAUAAACAAACAAACCGCGCGUGAUCGUGUGCUAGGUGGAGGCCGGAGCAAAUCCGACAGGACGAGAAAGUGAUACGCGUGUGACGAGCUGGGAUCGUUUCGGUUUUACGUUUGGUGAACCAGCUUUCCACGGUGUGCCCGAACAUCCUUGGCCCGGCUUGGCGGGAGUGUGUAAUUGCACGAUAAGAGUUCAAGUGUCGCGAACCGCUCGCUCGGUGGGAGACGCGAGUGUGUGCAAAAUACUCGCCUCUGCGUUAUCAGCUGCGGUGGAAAGUAAUAAAAAAAACUAAAUCACAUUGAUGCUCAGCUGCAGUGAGUGACACGGGGAGAAGAGUGUCCGAGAAAGUCUGUGGUAGAGAAACAGCGUGAAAGUGCGGUAUUAUCAAUGAAACAAGAUAGAUAAAAUUAGUGGCAACCAAGCAACCGGAAAAAUACUGAGUGUCUACGGUGACAAAUGGGAAAGUAAACAGUGAGGAUAGUUUAUAAGUGUCAGUUGAAUCCUUUAUGUCGAAAUAACGAAGUGCUGUGUUUCUCUGUUGCGUCUGAAAAUUCAGUAGUUCUAAAGACGCCGGAAUUCAUCAGAAAACAAAUUUGAUUCGUGCUCCAACCGGCUACGUCUAACAGUGGAAAGAUGUGCAUGAUUUGAGCCAGACCUUAAAUAGCGCAGAACUGUGACCCGUCCCAUUGUAAACAACUUAGAAAAAUCGUGUUAACCCCAAACGUUGUGAUAUUCCAUUCGUUCGCCGGUACUAGCUAGAGCUCUUCCCAGGCUCCCCCGAUCGCUCGCGCGUAACUUUGUAACCCUAAACGGUACAUCCAAUAACGUGAUCAUUAUGUCGGUACAGUAGACUCCGUACACAGCUACUCGACUCGGUUGUUUCGUACUGCAGCCGAAGACAGGUUCGAUCUGUUGUUUUUGUAGCCAUCUGUCCAGCACCGAUGUUUUCUGAAUGCGUCGUCUCUAGUGUGUUAUGUGUAUUGUCUCGUCUGAUCACCGGUAUCGAUAUCUGCCGUUUAGCGAGCUUGUACGAUAUUCCGACCUCAUCGGAGAUAGCGAAGCACUGACGCGCGAAGACGAUUGUGAUCGGUUAACAUUAAGCUCGUCAUUCAUUUAGGUACGCAAACGAAGUUUGGUGACGCCGAUUGAUAUUUAAGGGUUUUGUCUUCUCGACGUGGUUAAUGGUUUCUCAAGAUCGCUGGAUGGUAACCAUGUCCGAUUCGGGGUACGAAUCGAGGCCGGAUGGGAACGGGGCCUCCAGUUCGAGUAACAACACACAGAAUCCCCGAACACCCCCCAACUGUGCCCGAUGUCGCAAUCACGGUCUCAAAAUCGCGCUUAAGGGACACAAGCGCUACUGCAAGUAUCGCAACUGUGACUGCGAGAAAUGUUGUUUGACCGCCGAACGGCAGCGGGUGAUGGCACUGCAGACGGCACUCCGCCGGGCCCAGACACAGGACGAGCAGCGGGCGCUCAACGAUGGCGAAGUGGCCCCCGAACCGGUACAUAAUGUUCACAUACCAAAGUUGUCCGAACUGAAAGAGAUGAAACAUAAUUUGAUGCAUAAUCCUCAGACGAGACCGUUGAUCGACUGUGACUCGUCGACCGGAUCGAUGAACUCCACACCGGGCACGUCGUCUAUGGCGUUGGCACUUCAUCGGAGAUCACCGGCAGCGGCUGUACAUCCGGGGGAGGCUCAACAUAUUGGAGCAAACCACUCCAGCGUAUCUCCAGAACCCGCCAAUCAUCUACCAGUGGCCUCAUCCAUGAGGGUACAACACCAUGGUCCAGACUCAGGAGCAGAUGACGAACUAGUGAAGCGAUCGCAGUGGCUGCUGGAAAAGCUCAACUACCCCUGGGAGAUGAUGCCCCUGGUGUACGUGAUACUGAAGGGAUGCGACGGCGAUGUCCAAAAGGCACACCAACGGAUCGACGAAGCUAAAGUCGAAAUCAAGUCCUACUUCAUGCUGGAAAACGGCACCGACCAGCUGGCGGAGGACGACGAGAACAUUUCGGUGACUCGAACCAACUCGACCAUCCGGUCCCGGUCUAGCUCACGGUCCCGGUCCGCAUCUCGGUCACUCCAUGCCGAUACCCCACGUGACGAUGGCGUGCUCAAUCUGGACACUAAAGCGAUCAAAGCACCGAGUGCCGAUGAACGGAUAUCUUACGACAAAAGUAGUGCAGAGUCCGUGGAGCUCAAGUCGCGGCUGGAAGAAGUGUACCAUAGCAGUGUCGAGCAGCAGAACAGUAGAAGUAGGAAGAGGUUUUGUCCGGCCGAAGAUAUUGACCGUCGUUCACCGCAAAAGGCACACGCGGACAAUGGCUACCAGACCAGCUUGGAAGCAUUCCGAGGUGGAAAAAUUAGGAAAAUUUCACACAAAGAAGAGUCAGUGAUAGACCCCUACGAUAACAAGGACAAACCGGGAUCGCUAUCAAAGAGCUACAUGGAUCAGUUGGAUAUGUUGAAGAAUACCCAAAAAUACGGUCUGGAUCAGAGUAACUUUUCGCUACCGUUACCAAUUCCCCAUCACCUACCAGACAGCGUAAGCCGGAUCAUAUAUUCGGCCGAUUUCCUACCCUAUCUGCUUCCAACGUACCAUUCAACAGGAAGUGAACCUAGCCUCCCCAUGUUCCCGAACCAUGUCGUUGGAUACCCGGACCAACGGCUUUUCACGGUUUUCGACGAUUCCUAUCGGAAGGAAGCAUCCAAGGUCCCAGUUGCAUCCACUUCGCCGAGAGCUUCGCAGCCCAAGGUAACCCAGUUCUAUCCACAGCGGGUCGAUUCACGCUUACCGCCAAGUCAGACCUCCGUUGCAUCGAUACAGUAACCGUGCCCGCGCCGAAUGCACCAGUUUGCGGCAGCCGUAUCGUGGACGGUCGCCAUCUGAUUAGGAUUUGCAGUUGGAACGGGUCGUUUUAUGUGGCGCCGCAGCUGUGCCGUGCUGUUCGAUGGAGGUUUCGCAACUUACGCUUGGUUUACCUCUCAUUCCUCGCCAUAUGGUCACCUUGGUUCUUGGCCGCUCGUCGUGGAUCGGAUUCUCGAAUGUUGGAUUGACGCAAUUGCUCGAAUCCAAACGAAUAUUCGUGACCACCGAAGAAGAACCAUCACCUCAACGCAUUAUUUAGAGUUUCUUUUUAUUGAUUAGAUUGUAACCCCGUUCUUGUUUUGGUUUUAAAUGUGAACUCAUUUUCUGUGAUUGAAAUACGGAUUGAACUCACGCGUUUCUGAACAAUUA